UGGUGGGUAUAAUUAAAGAUUUACCCAAAGGUUAAAUAUGCUUGCCAAUGCAUAUAGUUGAUGUUUUUUCUGUUACUGUUUUGUUUUCAACUUUCUAAUGUUUCUUUUCUCCAAGAAUUUGGCAUAGUGCAUUGGUGUACUUUCUCAUGUGUAUGGCUUAUGUAAUUCAAAACUGUAAGUCUUCACAAUGAGGGAAUAUACUUUUAGCAGUUUAAGUGCCAUACUUUCUUGGUUCAUUCUUCAGGCAUCGCAGAGCAGCCGCUGCGGAAAGGUAUGAAAUUGAUUGUUGAAACUGUUGAUUGUUUCCCUGUUUUCAGUUAUUUUACAGUUAUUUGAGACUAGAGAUUGAUGAAGAAACUUUUUAUAUGUGGAUUAUACAGUUUUGCUAUUAAAGAGGUAAAGUUCGAGUUUAUAAUUUCUUUGCUCAGCUGAGUUUUAAGUGAUAGCAUAAUGUCUGUCAUUAUCAUUUGCAUUGUCUUUUCUGAUGUGCAAUGAUGUAUGAUAUAUGAAUAUUAUACUUUCCUUUAUAGAUGCAAGGUAAUUAUCAUUGUCAAACAUUGUAAACUUUUCCGUAAAUUGUCUUAUAAUGAACAAAAAUUACAUGGCUCAUGUAUUUCUCUUGAAUAUAUUUCCGCUUAUUAUUUAAAAGAGAGAAUGAUAUGCUUAAAAAUGAAUAUAUAUAUAUAUAUAUAUAAAAAAAAAAAUUUCAGAUGGUACUGGUUUAAAUAUUUUAAAUAGCACCAUAAAAUUUGAAGACCUGAGAGGGGAUAUCCCAGUAAGAUUUGAUCGUGUUCCAUUUGUUCACCUCGGAACAGAAAUCCGGGCCUGCCAUCAGGGCCAGAAGAGGAAGAAGGGAAACAGAGAAAAGGUUACAGCAAGUCAUGAUUUCCGACGUAAAAGAAGAUUGAUUCAAGUGUCAAAGAAAGUUGGUUGUGCAGCUAAGGUCAAAUUUCGUAUCAUUAUGAAGUUUCCUAAUCAUAUGUUACAGGGUCCAUGUACAAGACGAAACAAGGAGGAAGUUGUUCGCAAUAUAAAAAUGUGCCAACUGUCCGACAAUGACAAGGAAAUUGUUGUUUAUAUGAAGAGUGUUGGGGAGCAUUCUGCUCAUUUUAUGGGAGAGGAUGCAGAGUUCAGUCUGCCUGUCGAAGAAAGUUUUAAACUCGAAAUAAGACGUCUGGUGAACAAAGAGGGUGUUAAAAGUUGCGAUGAAGUUAAGCAUUACUUAGAUAUCUGGAAGAUGAAGGAGGUUCGGGAAUGUUCGGAAAGUCACCGAUUUAACCCAACCAGAAAAGACAUCCAAAACCAUAUUUCUGCUGCUCUUCAUGGCAGGUACAAGAAAGAUGAUCAGAAACAGAUGCUGGAAGAAAUACAUAGAUGGAAGAAAGAGCAUCCAUUGGAUAAAUUUCAUUUCAAUCCUGCGAGUCUUAGUGAGGAUGGUUUAAUCUCAAGCCUGAUGUUUGUCCAUCAAACCAAUUUCCAAAGGCGCUUAUUACAACGGUAUGGGCAAGAAUUGGUCUUAAUGGACAGCACAUUUAAAACAACAAAGUAUAACUUACCAUUAUACUUCAUUUGUGUGCUCACCAACAUGGGGUACCAUGUGGUUGCCUCAUUUAUAAUUGGUAAUGACAACAGUGAUGAGAUAAGCCAAGCUUUAUCCAUUAUAAAGCAGUGGAAUCCUGGAUGGAGGCCUAAAGGUUUCAUGUGUGACCUUGAUCAGAGAGAAAUCAAUGCCUGUGAAAGGGUAUUUGAAGGAGUCAAUGUGUUCACAUGUGCUUUUCACCGAGAGCAGGCUUGGGAUAGAUGGUUGAAAAAUUCAAAAAAUGGAGCAACAUCUUUUAGAGAAGAAACAGUUAAAAUGUUGCGGCUUAUAGCCAAUUCAAGGACAAUGGAAGACCUGGAAGUUAAUAGUAAACAGUUGAAAGAUGGUCAUUUGUACACAAGCAAUGCCAGAUUUAAGGGUUGGAUGGACAAGAUGUGGUUACCUAAUGUAAAGCGAUGGGUGCGAUGCUAUAGACAGACUCAUUAUGAAGUAAGAAUUAACACAACAAAUGGUGUAGAAACCAUACAUCGAAUAUUUAAGCAUAAAUACCUAAAGAGACAAGGAGGUUCCAAAUCCCUUGUUGGUAUGGCUUCUUCUUUGAUAGAAGACUUCCUUCCAGAUGGAGAAAAAAAUUACUUACGGCAAAACAAAUUGCGAAGGUCAGAGAACAAAAUUUACAGUGAAGAAAUCCCAAAAUAUUUACAUGACAGACCAGCAAAGUUUAUCAAUCACUGUAUGAAGAGGAUAGGAGGUGAUGAUGAUCCGGAAAUUGAGGAAACUGAAGUAAAUGGACAGUUCCGGGUAAAGACAUACACCAUUGACACCACUUCACCAAGUUGUAACUGUGAAGACUUUAGCAAAACUGGUUGGCCAUGUAAACAUAUGCUCAGUUUGAUUUCUUCAGGGUACAUUCAGUGGAAUAACCUCCCUGAGGAGUAUACAAAUUUACCAUGCUUUGUACUAGAUAAUAAUAUUAUGGAGACACUUCCUGAAGAUGGAAGAGAAGAUGUGGAUAAUGAACAAGUUGUCAUCAAAAAUGUAGUAUCCAGUAGAUCAAUGGCCUUGGAGUACUUGUCAGAGGCGAGGAGUUUGUUGUUUUGCUGCGAUGAUAAUGAUGUGAUAGAGGAAGUUAAGACAAAUCUUAAGAGUACUGUCGAAAAGUUGAGGACAAGCUGCCCAGUUCUCAGCCACAGAGUUGCACCAGCUAAGAGGAAGCCUGGUAGAAAAAAACAGUCACAAGUUUUGACAAGGAAAAAUGUAAAAAAUGAUGGCCCAAAAGCACAAGAAAGAGACGAGAUUGAUAGAGUUCUUUCAGACAUUUUACAUACCACCCCAAACAGCGUUCCUUUAAUAGAAGUGGGACCUUACAGCAUCAGUAAUCAAUCUAUUCAUGACAUACAGGGCUAUUUGUCAGAUGAGGUAAUGGAUGCCAGUAUAUAUCCUUUCAAAGCAGCAAACUUCUUCUAUACGGUGUGUUCCAGCAACAAUAAUGACAGCAAUUUUCACUGGCCAGAGGGAGAUUAGUGGAAUAUUUAUUGGGGAAAGCAUACAACAGUAUGAUUACAUAGUGGGACCAAUUAAUGAGGGAGGAUUACACUGGACCAUUGCUAUUAUCAUACCAAACGAGAAGAAAAUUGUUUAUAUGAACCCUCUUGGUGAGGCAGAGAUAUCUUAGCAACAGAUCCUUUUAUACUGGUUCAAUUUCCUGCAAAAUCGCCUCCAAGCAGCAGAAGAUUCUAUACAGCCUGAAGGAUGGACUGUGGUGUCCCAUCCCACAGUAAACAGCUUGAUGGGUUAUCUUGUGGAAUAUAUGUUAUACAGUUUGUUGAAAACUUCUACAAUGGAGUGCCAUUGGAAUUUUACUGGACCUCUGAUGAUAUUGUCCAGGCCAGGAAAAAAAACAGCAAGACGAAUACUUGGAGAAGGAGUUACAGUAUUACAGCCGACUAGUCCUGUGAUUGAAGACAUUGGUCUUGCAGACGCUAAAGUGAAUGACAUUGAACAGGAACAAGGAAUCAUUACAGCAGAAAAUCAGACUCUACAGGUAUCCAGGACAAAAGACUGUUUCUUACGCCGGAAACCAGUUAAGAAAAGGAUGUCAUCUUACAUUUAUCCCUCCCUGAAGAAAAGACGAAAAUUUUGUGUUUGUAACAAAAAGAAUGAUGUAAAGACAAGCAAAUACAGGCAAUGUGAAGGGUGCAGUAAUUGGUAUCACCCAGACUGCAUAGGUGUAGCCAAUACACAGAAGAAU